AUGGCCCCAAUUGUCCAACAACACCAGCUGGUUGACCUCAGCCAAAAGAGCUUAUUCGUCUCUGCCGCGGCGAUUGCCUUCAACCCCACGUUCUGGAACAUCGUCGCUCGGCGCGAGUAUCGCACCCGGUUCAUGACCAAGGCAUUCGGCGGCAACGCUCAAACAGCAUGCUACGCCCUCGCCACAACCAUCUUCGGCCUCGGCCUGUGCCGGGACUUCCUCUACGAGCGUGCCCUCCGACACCAGCCCCCGCACCCCCUGCUUGAGACCGACGCCGCCAAGUACCUCGGCUACGCCCUCAUCGCCGGUGGUAACAUCCUGGUCGUCACGUCGACGUGGGCCCUAGGAAUCACCGGCACCUUCCUGGGUGACUACUUCGGCAUCCUGAUGGACGACAUGGUCACCGGCUUCCCCUUCAGCGUCUGCGACGCGCCCAUGUAUUACGGCUCUACGAUGAGCUUCCUGGGGUCCGCCCUGCUGUACGGCCGGCCGGCGGGGAUCCUCUUGACUGCCUGGGUGCUCACCGUCUACCUCGUUGCCCUGCAGUACGAGAACCCAUUCACGGCGGGAAUAUACGCCAAGAGAGAGCAGGAGAGGACAUCCAAGAACAAGGUCGAGGGCAAGAAGCAGAAAUAG